UGCAUCAUGUCGGAAGAGCAAAUUUUAGAGUUUCAAGAAGCUUUUUGUCUGCUUGACAAAGAUGGUGAUGGUUGCAUAACGAUCAAAGAGCUUGCUACAGCGAUUAGAUCGUUACAUCAAAACCCUACCGAAGAAGAAUUGCAAAUGAUGAUGAAUGAAGUUGAUAUUAACGGGAGUGGAUCCAUUGAAUUUGAGGAGUUCUUCAAUCUCAUGGCAAAAAAGAUGAAGGAAAAUGAAGCCGAAGAAGAAUUGAGAGAAGCUUUCAAAGUAUUUGAUAUGGAUCAAGAUGGAUUCAUAUCGCCUAACGAGCUGAAGCAUGUGAUGAUCCACAUGGUGGAGAAAUUAACAGAUGAAGAAGUAGAGCAAAUGGUCAAAGAAGCUGAUUUGGAUGGAGAUGGUCUUAUUGACUAUGAAGAAUUUGCUAAAAUGAUGCUUCUUAUUUGAUCCCAAAUCCCUUUUAUGAAGUUAAAAAAUUGAAUAAAUGACUCGAUUCAUUAUUUAAUAACGAUUACUGAUGUAAAAAUUUACAACCCGAGUAAUUGAGUUGGGUCGGUGUAAUAGUCCAAACUCACCGC